GCGUGACGUAUAAAAGCAGCUGGAGCGUCUCAUCCCAGCGGCUGAGAGCUGAGAGGAGAGGCUGAAGAGAGACCGGAAGAAGCAUAAACUUUCCAAUUCAACAUUUUAAACUUGAAAUAACCGAUAGGUAUCAUGGCCAGGCCACUCACAGACCAGGACAAGAGGAAGCAGAUCUCGGUUCGGGGUCUUGCCGGAGUGGAAAAUGUCGCGGACCUGAAAACUAAUUUCAACCGUCACUUGCACUUCACGCUGGUGAAGGACCGGAACGUGGCCACCAAACGGGACUACUACUUCGCCCUGGCCAACACGGUCCGGGACCACUUGGUGGGCCGCUGGAUCCGGACCCAGCAGCAUUACUACGAAAAGGACCCCAAAGUAAGAUGCCGCAGUGAUCCUGCACGUACACACACCGGGGAGGGAGGGGGCGGGGCCGCGGGGCUCCUCGCUGCAGUCUCAUAAUUAACGGAGCUGCACGAGGGGGUGUGACAGAGCAGGUCCAUCUGAACCUCCAUGUAUAGAACUGAUCCUGCUGGUUUCGGAUCCGCAUGAAAACCCGCUCAGACUGGGCUGCUGUGGACACGCAGACAUUUCCUCUGUGCAUGUGUGCAUGUUAUAUAAUGAGCUGCUCGUGCAUCUUUCUGCCAUCAUGUGCUUAUGUGUGUGUCAGUGUGUUAUUCAGGAUAUCAUCCCGCUCUGAUCUGACUCUGUGUGUGUUUGGGACUCAACUGGUUGUUGAAAUAUGUGUUACGUAACGGGCUCCAUCCAUCCUCAUCAGCACCGUCACACACACACACACACACUCAAACUCACAUACACACUGCGCAUCACAAAAUGUCCUCACACUGUUAAAACACACACACACACACUCACAAUCUUUCCUCCCUGUAUAGUCUCUCCGUCCCUCUGUGCAUGACUGAAGCAGGAGGCUAAAUGGAGAAUUUAAAGGGACAACACCUGUUUGAUACACAGUCAUUGUGUCAGACUGCUAUGGUGGCCCUGAAGGUCAGCUGCUUGAACAUUUCUCUUUACAGGGACUUAAAGUAGUUUUCUGUAUUUAGCAUGCUAGCUUUGGUAUAAGAGGACUUGGAUGAGGACAAAACUCAUGCUCACAAAAGUUGAAUUCUUUAUUGACUAUGAGUAGUUUUGACCAAUCAGCUUUCAGCAGUCUGACCUUCUGUAUGGAGAGCAAAAGCAGGAGAAACACAAUUCAAGGUCCUUUCACACCAGGACCAUUUUUGUCAUGCGAUUAUUUCAGACAUCAAUAUUUUUUUUCGAACCUGUAUCCUGUCUAAAAGCGCUCACAUCAGCGACUGUUUCCCGUCCUGCGAUAUUGCGGCAUUUAUUUUUGGGGAUUUUUCUAAAGUUUCGCAUACUGUGUGUCCACUUCUGACCAAUCAGAUUGUGUGUUGUUACUAAUUUCUAAUUUCUAAAGAUUGUCCACAGCUCCAUAGGGAUUGCUGUUCUAGGAGUGGCUUCACCCAGCGAGGAGGCAGAUGGCGUCCACUUUAUAUAGAGUCUAUGGGCAGAAGAAAUCGCAGUUAAAAUUGUCGGAUUUGUCGCCGGUUCGAUUUACUUUUGAAAAAGCUAAAACACAUCCAUGUGGAUUUCAGUGUGUUUCAUAGAUUAGAACAUUUACUUACAGGAGCUUGAGAAUAACAUUUUUUGAAUGUUUGAGAAGGAAACUGUCAGUUAAAUUUUAAUAUUGAUCACAUGGGUAAAUGAAGCGCCCACUUUUCCAUAAGGAGAAAGAGUACAGAUCUGCUGAUACUAGAAUAAUCUGAAUAGGAUAAAUCAAUUUGAAAGAUUCUACCUUUUUCUUCACUAGACUUUAAGGUCUGGUUCAAGCUGCCUCAGCCAUGCAAACCAGCUGACUAUAGAUACAGCUUCUGAUUGAUCAACAGACCAAAACAAAGAUGGCCGCCUCUGUGUAGCAUAGUCGGCUAACAACAAAAGUUUGGAUCAGGACAGUCUGUGAAAGUUCUCUGAUCUUCUCGGUUGGGUAGAAAAGCUCCUGGACGUCACAGACACUCAGAGAGUUUGUCGCCAGAAAGCUGACAGUCUCACAGGGCGAGUGGAUUUUGUAGUAAUUUGGUUUGUAAUGAUCUUACUUUUUAAGGAGUAUUUUGAGGAAACUAAAAUUUGCAGCAUCAUGGUUUGGUGACGUUGUAGCUCAAAAAGAGUGAUGUUGUGACAAAUAACAACAUUCAUUCUUUGAACGCAGCCUGUUUUCCUUUCCAGCUGUAUAUAUAUCAGUCGGGUGUUUGAUGUUUAAAACCGCAUGGUGCUUGAUGGAUUCAUUUAUGAUGUUAUCACUGAAGUCUAAAGGGCUCCAAUAAAAAAGGGGGAAAGUCCUUCUUUUGUUUGAUUGGCCGGUGAGGCUAAUGCCCCGCCCCUUUUGCUAAACAGAACAUAUGCCAUUGUUGUCUCCUGUCCUGCCCAGCAGGCCCACAUUGAAACAGAACUUUCAGAGACUCUGUUAAUCACGUGAGAGUAAAGGGGGCUCAGACCCUCCUCUGCUAUUUAUACUCCCCUCUGGAUGCCUUUGUUCCUGUUGGCUCAUGUUCUUUUCCAUGUCUGCCUCCUUUGUCCAUUCAUAUACACACUCACACUCACACUAUCACACACUAUCAUUCCUAUCAGGAUCAGAAAUGCCAACACAAGGUCAGAGACGCUGCCACAGUCAUAGCAAGGACAAAUAACACUAGAACAGCUUUAGUUUCAUCCUGAUACAGUUUGAAUCUGAACGGUUUCAUUUCUGUAGCUCUGUCAGUGUAGAGUUCAUAUAUUACUGUAUGAAGUCGGUGUUAUUUCUCACAGAUCUGUGUGGUUGUGUUUUUUUCUGUCUGGCGGUGAUAAUGUCUGAGGAGCUCGUCUGUUGUUGCUCGGACAGCAGCUGUUGUUUCCGAAAGACAGAUAAUGUUGCACAGGCAUCAGAGACGCCAAACGAAGCACGUACAGUGUUUUGUUAUAACAGUCCUCUGAGGAACUUCAGCGUGAAAUUUGAUCCUUUUAUUCUGUUAGAUUAAAAAGAAAACAUCUGAUAUCUGUCUGCGCCCUUUGGGUUUACUUUACAGUUUUUAAAGUUCCAGUGAGGAGUUUCCAUCGGGUCAUUAAACUAACACCGAUGUGAUAAAGUAAUGUCGUACCUUUUAUGGAGGUUUUUACACUCACAUGUUGAGACUCAAAGGAGUCUCUUCAUAAUCGCAGGCUGACCUGUUUAUGUAUGUGUGUCCUCUGUCUUCUGCAGCGUGUUUACUACCUCUCUCUGGAGUUCUACAUGGGCCGCACUCUGCAGAACACCAUGGUGAACCUCGCUCUGGAGAACGCCUGUGAUGAAGCCACCUACCAGGUGAUCCCAAAGAUCAUGGGGAAAAAGCCAUGCACAUGCAAACCAGCGCUUUCCAUCUUUUCUGCGUCACUCCAUAUCAUGAUGCAAAACGUGUUUAAACAUUUAAACAAAUGGUGUUGACGCCCAAACGGCACGCUUUGAGUUUUCUGUUUCAAGCUGCUUGAACCUCGUUGCAGAGUGUUUCUACUGAAACCAUCAAGCCCUGAAAAUAUCUUGUUUUUUCAUAAAAGAUGAUGAAGAGUACUAAAGACUUACAAAAAAACACAGCAUGGAGCCAUCAGGGUGUCCACCAGUGGUUUGUAGACUGUCUAUCCUGUCCUGUGACAUCCUGGUUCUUUGGAGCCAGAAGUGACUAUGGCAGGAUGGGAGGUGAAACUGUAUAUGAACAGAUUUUGCUAAAGCUAAGCUAUCAGAGUGAUCUGUUUUGGCACAAAGUUAAUUUAUUAGCUGGCUCAUAAGCUAGUUAAUACCACAAUAACAUUACGGAUGAGGUAAGCACAAUCACUGGUCAAAUUAAGUCUCUAAAAGGUUCCAACACCACAAACACAGGCUGGAAAUAAAUUCAGGGACUGAAUCAGCUGAGGUGACUUGCAGCUCCCACCUUCCCUCAAAGAAGCCACGCCCCCUAUUAUCAUUAUCUUUAAUUCUUGAUUUAACGUGAACAAGUAAGUUCUCUCUAAAUUCAGUCUGUGCAGGUGUCAUGAAUAAAUAAGACGUACUUGUCUCUGCUGUAAUGUUUUAAAAUGGCACUCUAUGAGGACUGACCUACUUCAGGCCUCUAGUGGACACUGGAACAACUGCAGCUCUGAAAUAUGUCAUUCUUUUGAAUCAUAGAUGUUGUCAUUGAAUGUUGGUAGCUAGUGCUGUUUUAAAAUAUCAUGUACGUAUAAAGAAUGUUGAAAAUGCAAACUCUGGGUAGGACUAAUUCAAGCCUAAGCCUGUGUCUUCAAAGUAUGGUUGACAGUCACUUCCCACCAAGAUAUAGUAGAGGUAUUUUUCACAUUUCCUGAAUCUUAAGAAUCCUGAGAGUAUUGUAGUGGUUGAUUCUCAUAUCCCUGAUGGGAGAUAUGCCCCCUCCCCUUCCCUGCAAAAUGAGUCAAGAUUCUCGCCCAAACCUCUGACUUCUCAAAACUUCUCACUGUCACCUCCCACAAAGAGGUAGUAGGGGUGUGGUAUACAUUUUUUGAAUCUUAAGAGUCCUCAGAGUAUUUCAGUUUGUAAUUCCUGUAUCCCUUAUGUCCCUGGAUGACAUAUGGCCAAAAGAAAGUAUGUUGUUUAGGCAAAAAUUGCAGGAAAAGGUGUAUUUUUUUUGUGAUUUAAAAAGCUCUAGUGACUUCCAUGUUGGUCUAAGAUGGCCACAUGUAGGCCUAAAUGAAAGCCAAGAGGGUCCUCUUUAAAAUGAUACGAAAGUUAUUUUAGCGCUUGCCUUCUCCCCCCGGACCUCAGAAACAUGGACUCACUACCCCACUUUAAAUCCAAACUCAAAACACACCUAUUCCAAAAUGCAUAUUCACUUUAACUGUCCACUUUCACACUUGUAUGUUGUUUUUAUUUAUUUUAAUUAUGUUUCUAGCUGUGUUUUUAUGCCCUGUACAGCGUCCUUGGGUGCUCAGAAAGGCGCUUUUAAAUAAAAUGUAUUAUUAUUAUUAUUAUUAUUAUAAGCGAGGACAAGGCAAGCGCUACAGUAACUUUCAUAGGUGUAGCCAUUUUGUUUCUGCCUCCAAUUAUGCUUUUUUCCCAACUUGGUAUCUGAAAUGCUGGUAACUCAGGUGUGACGUCAUUUUCAGCUUCCACAUCUGACUUCAGAGGUAACUCGAACGCAGUAUUAGUCAACACCCUCUUGGCCCCCAAUGUUUGGUGAAAUUACAUCAAAUAUUGACAGAAAAAACUAUGUAAAGAGUUAAAGAAUAUAUAUAUAUAUAUAUAUUGUGGGGAACUCAAACAAAAAUUCCCACUGUUAGCUUUUGAAGUGGCUGCUUUUAUCAAUAUUUUAACAUGGGACUCUACAUGUCCACUGGACAGCCUCCAGUGGACAAAAUAGGAACUGCAGUUUGCAGAACUGUUGGCUUCUUUUUCAGCUCUAAAGGUAUCUCUAUAACUGUGUAUUGCCCCAUUUCCUGCAGCUGGGUCUGGACAUGGAGGACCUGCAGGACAUCGAGGAAGACGCCGGUCUCGGAAAUGGCGGUCUGGGUCGUCUGGCGGGUGAGCUCUGUCCUGAUUGGCUGCUUACAGACAGUGAUGUUGAGUGCUGUGGACAGGCCUGUCUCAAACACCUGUCAUCUCCUUGUUGUGUCCUCAGCUUGUUUCCUGGACUCCAUGGCCUCUCUGGGUCUGGCUGCUUACGGAUAUGGCAUCCGCUACGAGUUCGGCAUCUUCAACCAGAAAAUAGUCAACGGAUGGCAGGUAAGAUCACCUGAGCAUCUUAAGAUUCAGGAGACCUCUUUAAAAAAUCUGCUGUAGGGGUUUUCUUUCUGGGAUUCAGACAUUUUUUAAAUCUCUAACAGUUUGAUUGUGUUGUAUUUUUGUUUUGAGACUUUUUGAGUUGUACCUGGACAGGAAGAGAUAAAUAGAUUCAUGAGAUUCUCAUUCGUACAGGUGGAGGAAGCAGACGACUGGCUGCGUUACGGAAACCCUUGGGAGAAAGCGCGUCCUGAAUACAUGAGGCCGGUACACUUUUACGGCCGAGUGGAGCACACGGACGAAGGGGUGAAAUGGGUGGACACUCAGGUUAGUGGAAAUGUCUGAUCUCUGGUAUCUUCUGUACAAAAAGCAGUAUUAUUGUACAUGUCUGUGUUUUCAUAAGGUGGUCCUGGCUCUACCCUACGACACUCCGGUCCCUGGCUACAGAAACAACAUUGUCAACACCAUGAGGCUGUGGUCGGCUAAAGCUCCCUGUGACUUCAACCUCAAAGACUGUGAGGGUUUUCACCUAUGAAUAAUCAUCAUCACAGUAAUCUGGAUAAUGUCCUGAAGAAUGAAACUGAAACAUGUCUGUUUACAGUUAAUGUUGGAGGAUACAUCCAGGCGGUGCUGGACAGAAACCUGGCCGAGAAUAUUUCCAGAGUCCUCUACCCCAACGACAACGUGAGCACAUUCAUGAUUUAACCUCUGUCUAAGUGUCAGACUUUUUUUUUUUUUUUUCAACUGAAAUCAUAGAAAUUAAAGCUCCUGUAAGUAGCUUUUACUUUGACAUCAUGAUAGUUUUUUUUCAGUUAGUGAUCUAUUCCUUGUGUUAAGACAGUUCUAGCUCCACUCAGUGAGAGUUUGUGGGAUAAAAAUGUGUUGCAGUCAUUUCCUUAGCACAGGUGUGAUACAGACUGAUCCAUCAGGUGUGUCAGCUCUUCCUUUUUGCAUCGCUGUGCUGCAGUUCUUUGAGGGGAAGGAGCUCCGUCUGAAGCAGGAGUAUUUCGUCGUGGCUGCGACUCUUCAAGACAUCAUUCGACGAUUCAAAGCCUCAAAGUUCGGAUCCACAGAGUUCGUUCGGCUCGACCUCUCCACACUGCCCGAAAAGGUAACCUAUUCAGAUCUGAACCUAUUCGAUUAUUCUGCUCUCAUAAUUUUUUUGUUCAGUUUUCAGACACAAGCAGCUGAUUGUCCGAAUGUCUCAGAUUCACCAUCUUCAUCCAAACAGGGAUCCUUAACUGCUGUGUUCCCUGUCUGUUGUUUCCAGGUGGCGAUCCAGCUGAACGACACCCACCCUGCAAUGGCGAUCCCGGAGCUGAUGAGGAUCCUGGUGGACACAGAGAAGUUAGUCUGGGAUAAGGUGAGGCAGAUUUUAGCUCUGCAGGAUCACAGACACCUCUGAGUUUGACAGAAAGUCUCAAAGUGUCAGAAACCGUCUGAUCAACAGGAGGAGAGCCGCUCUGACGCAUAAGAUCCUGCAGCCAGACUGACGUUAUCCCUGCAAAGAAUCUGCAUCGCUGAAAGAGUUUAUUUUAGCAGCGAGACUAUCUAAGGUCACAAUCACACCACAGCUGUCACUCCACCUUUAACCACAGCUAGUAUGUAUCCUUGUUUGAAAGGCAAUGAAAGCUAAUGUGAACUCUGGUCUGAAGAAAGUGGAAGUAAAGAGCGACUCAUAUACCAAAGCAGGAAGUGGUAUAAACAUCUGUGUGAAAUAACUUUCACAGUGUCUGUGUAUCCAUGGCAACAAAUCGUAUCCUCUCGCUCUCACCGGGUCUAGCCAGACUUUUCAGGACUAAUUCACUGGUCUGAUGUGAAGAAGAACAUGCUGACAGUUAAAGGUUAUGAGCCUGAAGUCAAAUACGGAUGAAACUGUAUUAGAGCUUUAAAAAUGAACUUCAAUAAACUAGGAUUAAAACAGGUGAUUUACCCUAACAUAAGGAGUGCAGGAGGCUGUUUCUUUAUCCGACACGUUACUGUUUGCUGUGUAAUGGCUCGACACUGUGUUGUAGUCACUGUCAUACAGCAGUCGUGUCACUUUGCAUCUUUCAGCCCUGCAGGAGCAAUGACUCAGCAACAAGUCAGAGAGAUGAGGAAACCCGUCAGAGCCGGCUGCAGCAGCACACAGAUGAUUCAAAAAUAAAACAGCAGCUUCAAAAUGGUCUAAAGGUUUCUGAGUGACGGCUUUAUUUUCUGUAAAGGUUGAAGUAAAUGUUCAUAAAACUCAUAAAUUUUCUUUUUUAACAACAUAUAUACAGUACAAACGGACAAUGGAGACGAAAUAAAGUGACAAUAAAGCAGGAACACAUAAUAUUUAGAUAUUUUAAGUUUGAAGGUGUUGCAAGGCUGUGUUUGAAUAAGUGGGGGUGGGUGGGUGUUUUAUGCGUGUUGAGAAGUGUGUGUGUGUUUGUGGGUGUAAUUAUCCUCCACCACCCCCCUUUUAAAUUGUAAUAAUUGUUGAGGAGCAAAUGAAAGAAGAAAAAGUAAACGUUAUGACAUAACAAUAAUUACAAUAAUAGAAUGAUAACAAUAAUUAUUAUAAUAGAACAAAGAAGAAAAAAGAAGAGAAAAAAAAUUUAAAAAGCCAAAAUAAUAAUUAAUAAAUAAAAUAAAAUAAGAAAUAAGUAGAUAAAUAGAUAAUAGAUUAAUAGGUACAUUUAUAAGAUAUCCUGUUUUCCAUCUGCAUCUGCGGUGAUAUUAAACACUCCUGUAACCUCCUUUCUCCUGGUCCCGUCUUCUCCUGAUCCAGGCCUGGGACAUCGUGGUGCGGACCUGUGCCUACACCAAUCACACCGUCCUGCCUGAAGCUCUGGAGCGCUGGCCCGUCGACCUCUUCCAGAACCUUCUGCCCCGACAUCUGGAGAUCAUCUACGAGAUCAACAGGAGGCACCUGGAGGUAUGAGGAAAGUUGAUGGUUGGAGGUUGAUAUAAAUGUAAAACCUGCCCCACAGUGGAGCUCUCUGCUGCUGCAGCUCUUUCAAAGGAAAACCUCACACGUCUGCAAUUAAGCAUUUUUUGGGAGAUUUUAGAGCAAAUCAAAAAUGAACUGCAGACGGAUUAAGAAAAAAUUUACCCAGUUUUUCUGUCUGCUCACAAGGAGAGAUCUGACAUUUUGUUUUCCUCUCUCUCUUACCUCAGAAAUAUUUUUACACUUUAGAGCACAAAGAUACAGAGAACGUCCUCAGCCAACCUUUAACUAACAACAGAGAAGUAGGGCCGCGCAAAAAUGACCAAAAAUUGAAGUUUUGAAGAAAAAAGAAAGGAGAACAAAAAAUUAAAAAGUAAAUUCCAAAGAUUUAAGCCUUGAAUUUAUCAAGAAAAAUGACAUUUAGCGGACUUACGUUUUUCAUUUACAAGAUGAAAAAAAUAAAUUAAUGAGAUUAAAACAUUAAAUUUAAGGAAGCAGCACACUGUAAUGACUCAAGAAGAAAAUGCAAACCUAAAAAUGAUUGUUUCUAGGUAAAUUCAAGAAAAACUCUGGGAUUUAAAAUCCAAUUCUAGAGGCUUAAGUUAAAAGAAUUAAGUCUCAAACAGGACAGCUAAAUGUUGAUUAGAACAAACCCAUAAAUAAACCAGAAUAACGACGUAAACCCAAUAGUAAAAACUCAUAAAUAAACUGGAAUAUUUAUAAAAAUAUGUUAAAUCUAACCAUAGUCGCGGAUUAAAGGUGAAAUACGUAUAAACCUAGAACAAUAUACUCAAAACUUUGAAGACUAAAUGUGUAAAGAAACAAUAUUUAUCUGUAAAAUCACUGAAACAGAUUCUGAAAUAAACUUGAUGUUGAAUUUAACAGACCAAAACCAUUUUGAUGAGAAUUAAAAUGACAAGAAUAAAGUCUCAUUUCAAGAGAGAGAUUUUAAAUAAAGUUGUUAAAUUUAUUAGAAUGACCUCAUAAAUGAGAGGGAAGAGAGUUUAUUUUAAUCAAAUUAAUUCCUAAAAAUGUGAAACAAAUGUUGAUUUUUGUGAGGGAAAAUAAAAUUCAUAAAAUUAAGUUAAAUAUUUAUGGCAUUUAAACCAUAAAAUAAAAAGAAUAGAUUUUAAAAAAGUCAAAAAUUUACAAAAUCGGAAUCUGAAAUUUCAAAUGAAUGAAAUUAAAACAUAAAAAUGAGAAUGAAGUUUUAAAAUUCAGAUUAAAUGUUAAACUAAAUGAAAGAAUAAAUAAGUUCGAUUGGUGGUUUAUUUGUAAAAAUUUACAUAAACAGAGGAUGAUUCACGUAGUUCACAUGAGAAAAUCUCUGAGGUUGACAGCGGAGGACAAACGGCGAUUAAAGACGUGAUGCACAAGAGGCCGAAAAAUCUCAAAUAGCUGAACCCGAGAAACAGCAGAAGCACUGAGAGAUCUUUCUGAGUUGUGAUUCGUAGUUUGAGUUGGACCAUAUUCAACCAGCUGCAGGUUUAUUUCACUUUUUUAUCGUGCAGCUCAAAGAUCUUCUCCUGAGAUGUCUUUCUCUGUCCAAUAUUCAGAGGAUCACCAAGCUGUACCCUGGAGACACAGACCGUCUACGCCGCAUGUCUCUGAUCGAGGAGGGCGGCGUGAAGAAGAUCAACAUGGCCCACCUGUGCAUUGUUGGAUCUCACGCUGUGAACGGUGUCGCUCGUAUCCACUCAGAGAUCAUCAAGAGCACCGUGUAAGAAACAGAAAGGUCGAGCUUCCUUCUUCUGAAAACUCUGCGGAACAAUCAGCUGAGUUUGUCUGCUCUCCUCCUCAGGUUCAAGGAUUUCUACGAAGUGGACCCUCAGAAGUUUCAGAAUAAGACCAACGGGAUCACUCCACGCCGCUGGCUGGUCAUGUGUAACCCUGGGUUGGCUGAGGUCAUCGCUGAGGUGUGUUUGUUCUUCCUCCGUCGUCUGUAACUACAUGAAAUUCUGCUCAGAGAUGCUAAAUCUCUCUAUGUGAUUCUUCCUUCAGAGGAUCGGCGAGGACUACAUCCGGGACCUGGACCAGCUGCAGCAGCUCCUGGACUUUGUGGACGAUGACACCUUCAUUCGGGACGUGGCUAAAGUCAAACAGGUGAGACCUUUGGAGGAGAGGAGGUGGUGUUCCUGCUUUGAUUCUCAGUUUCUGACCUCUGCUCUCUGUUUGAUCUCUCAGGAGAACAAGAUGAAGUUUGCAGCUCACCUGGAGGAACAGUACAAAGUCAAGAUCAACCCCAACUCCAUGUUUGAUGUCCAGGUGAAGAGGAUCCACGAGUACAAGAGACAGCUGCUCAACUGUCUGCACAUCAUCACGCUCUACAACCGUAUGUGCUUCUUUGCCUCCACAUCUUUAACAGCUUUAACAUCAUACUCUAUGACGGUUCAGACUAAAGUUUGAGUUUGUUUUUUAAUCAGGAAUCAAGAAGGAACCAAACAAGUCCUGGACCCCAAGAACCAUCAUGAUCGGAGGAAAGGUAGGAGAAAGAAAAGUAAUUGUUUUCUGUCUGAGCUGAGGGUUUUAUUGUCUUCACAUCACUGUUCUUUACUGUGGUUUAGUCUUUCUGCAGGAUUUUGUUAAGCCCCAGAGACCUUUUUUAAAGGGAUAUUCCGGCGUAAAAUUAAGUAAAAAAAUUGAUUUAUUUGACGAGUUGAUCACUGAGGGCAGUGGAAAAUAUAUAAUCAUUACUUUGUAAAAGUGCAAUCAGAUGGAGAUGCUAAAGCAGAAGUACUACAGCGUCUGCAGUGCAAAAUGAUUAUUAUGAUGAUUAUUACUUAAUGGAAAUAAUCCGCUGCACUCUGUGAUCGACUUUUCAGGGCUUGCCCAGUAUUACUAUACUGCGGUCGUUACCAAAGUUGGUAUGACUAGAGACGCAAGCAGUCUGCAACAUUCAUCCCUCGAGGGGGUCUCUAACUCAGUGUUACGGUGUGUUUGAAACAUCUGAAAAAGUGGGUCGUCUUAUUUUCAGGGUUCAGGUAUUAAUGCUGUUGACAGUUUUGACAUCUUCUGCAUAUGAAAUAUUGUUGUGUUUACAGUAUCAGCUCUAAUAUAAAACUGUACAAUGCAGUAACUUAAUGUAAAAUCCACUGGUUUCGUGAGACCGGCAGCUUUCAGGCAAUAACUCCAUCCGUUUCUGUGACGUCCAACAUUUUUCUUAGACCCUCCAGACCCAGUCCUUCAACAAUAAAGGCAGCAAUAGAGGAUUUAUAUUUUGAAUUUUUGUGAAAUAGUCUAAUUUCUGUUAGCUGACAUCUUUUGUUUGGUCUACCAAUCAGAGGCUGUAUCUGUGAUGAUCUGACCUUCAGAGGUCCAAUGAGAAGCCAGGACAGCCUGAGCCAGAGCUCUCGGGGUCCGUCAAUAGUGACGGGGAUUGAUUAGAUUUUAAUAAUUCCAUAAUAAUCACUUCCUGUAGAUUUUUAGCCUACCUUCGCUGCUCUGCUGAGAAAGCAACGCCUGGCUUCUGAUUGGACCUUUCCAGGUCUUAUGAUUGCAGAUAUGGUCUCUGAUUGGUUGAUAGACCAAAGCAAAGACGGCAGCCUCUCCCUAACAAAAUCAGCAAAAAAUAUAUUUAACAGUAUUUUCCCUUUUACCUGGACAUGUCCUCUUUUGAGGGGGCUGUCUGGCUUUGUCUGGGGGAGUUUUUAUAAAAUCCUUUAAAUGUCUGGGGUUUUGUAUGGAAGUUUAGAGUUUGUGUCAUGUGGACUCUUGAGUUAGGAGCGUGUAAAAAACACUCUACCUGACCCGAAAAACUCUCAAAAUUUACUACACACGACUCCAUGAAUCUGCCCUGCGUAGUCAUGUCCUCUUUUGGGGAUUCAGAAUAUGGUCGCCCUAUUACAACUCAUUUUGAAUGAUUGGAUCUGAACAGUCUUCUCUGUGAGAUGGAAAAGCUCCUGGAUGCUGUGCUAGUCUUACAUAAAGUGGAUUUUACAGCGAUUACCUGGUGCUGGUCUGACUGGGCUGAUGUUGAGAUAGUGGAUUACAGCUGUGUUUUUCUGCUGGAAUGAAGGCCUGGAUAAGAGAGACGGUUUUUGACGUUCUCUUUGUUUUCAGGCGGCUCCUGGUUACCACACAGCCAAGAUGAUCAUCAAGCUCAUCACAUCAAUCGGAGACAUCGUCAAUAAUGACCCUGUGGUGGGAGAUCGCCUGAAAGUCAUCUUCCUGGAGAACUACCGGGUCACCCUGGCUGAGAAAGGUCAGUUAUAGCUUCAUAUAUGAAAAUGAACUAAUAAUACGUAUUAUUAUAUACUAUCUCAUAUUAAAUAAUAUAAGGGUGUAUUAAAUUUAAGGUGCUGCUGGUCUCUGUAGACUUUAAAUCUGUCCCUCUGUCUCUGCCUUGCAGUGAUCCCUGCUUCCGACCUCUCGGAGCAGAUCUCCACGGCGGGCACAGAGGCGUCUGGCACUGGGAACAUGAAGUUCAUGCUGAAUGGAGCGUUGACCAUCGGCACCAUGGACGGAGCAAACGUAGAGAUGGCCGAGGAGGCUGGAGAGGAGAACCUGUUUAUCUUUGGGAUGAGGGUGGAAGAUGUGGAGGCCAUGGACAAGAAAGGGUGAGACAGAUCCUCAACCUGUCUGGGAAUUUUUUUUAAUGAUGAGUGUAAAUAACAAAGAUGGAAAUUGACACUUCUUUAUACCAAGACUCUAUUUUAUAUGAUCAACUUCCGUGUUAUUCAAUUUCUUUGUGUUUUAUCUGCAGCUAUGACGCCAUGUCCUACUAUAACCGGAUCCCUGAGCUGAAGCAGGCCAUGGAUCAGAUCUCCGGCGGCAUGUUCAGCCCAGGUCAGCCCGACCUCUUCAAAGACCUCGUCAACAUGCUGAUGCACCACGACAGGUGAGAGCACAGAGAGGAGUCAGCACCUGCCGAGUCAGAUCACCAAAAGCCACUGUCACAAAGAUCAACCUCGGACUCUGACGGCUUUGUUUGCAGCAUUAGUGAGCGCACGGCUUUGAUUCUGUGUCUGUGCUGCAGGUUCAAGGUGUUUGCAGACUAUGAAGACUACAUCAAAUGUCAGGAGAGAGUCAGCGCCCUCUACAAGGUCAGUGCAAAAACAGCUUCAAUUUGAUCUCUGUAUGUUUGUUAGUUUAACACAAAGAGUCAAAUUAUUAAGAAGUUUAACUCUGCAGCUCUAGUCUUGACCGAAGAGUUUGAGUGUGAUGAUGAAGGAAAAGGACUAAAAGUAAUCCAGAAAUGCUGUUACAUGUAAAUAUAAUGUUGAGAAAACAAGUUAAACUUCAGGCUAAGUUAAGUUUGAUGCCAAAGGUUACACAAUCUGUAUUUCUGCCCGUUAUUAAUGCUGUUUAAAGACCCACUCUGAUGAAAAUCCUGUUUUUCUUGUUGUCUACAUGUUCAUAUGGCAUUUUUCUGACGCUACAGGACAUACCAUGAGAAAAAUAAGUGCGAAAUUGCAUUUCUGAGUAUUUCUGCAUUCAAAUUGUUGUGAAUCUCUGGCAGACCCAAACGGCAGGAUCACAUUCUGUGAGAUUUCCUAUGUAGCAAAUCCAAGCUCCGCCCCCUGAGCCCCACGAUGCAGGCCACACUCAGAAAAGUAGAGAGUAUUCGCGGAUUUCAAUGCUCGUAAGAAAGCUAAUUAUGAUAUUAGCUGUCAUCAUGUCCCUAAAGACAUUAAUGUCCGAGAGCUGAAUAGCUCCUACGUUACCUAAUACUUCUACUACACAGGCAAUGUUAGGCUGCAAGUUUACGUGAAGAGGAGUUUGCAAAGCAGUGCUGUCUCCGCCCACGACUCAGAGGCGAAUUGCUAUUGAGCUACUGGUGCUCUCCAAAUUGUUACCUGUGUCAUUUUCAGGGAGAAGCCCUUGAAAAAGACACAGGUAACAAUUUGGCUAAAAUCUUCAUAAUCACAAUUAAAAGACAACUGAUGACACUUUUAGUAGUAAAAAAAGAAACAACCAGAGUGGGAUGAUAAAUAUUGAAUAUUUUUGCAAUAAUAAUUUGCUUCAGUUCAGCUUACCAACAGGCCUUUGACCUUAUAUUUAAUCUAAUGUGUUUUGUUUCCUACUAGGGUCCAGCAGGUGGCAGCAGAAAGCUUUUAGAAAUGUUAAAUACAUUUAUGAGGCUGAUUCUGCCUCUUACAUGUGCAGACUUUUUUCUCGUAAAUAAUAAUUUUACUAUGACUGUAUUCUCGUAAGUGAUGAUGUUCCUACGACUUUGUUCUCGUUUGUAAUGAUUUUGAUCUCAAAGUCUUAUUUUUUUUUCUUAAUGUGGCCUAAUACUCAGUCGUAAUUUCCUGUAUUUACAUCAACAUCAAAUUAAAUCCAAAUGACCUUAUUUAUCCCCAAGCUCCUCUGGGUUGAAUUAAAUUGUUUGAAUUGAAUUGAGUUGAAUUGUAACAAUAUGCUUUUAUUUUGAAAUGAAGUACAUGCUACUUUGGUCUGAAGACUCCGUUGUACCUCCUGAGUGUACCGGAGUUUCAUUUUGCAAAUUGACCUCCUCCUCUUCCUCCUCCCCGUGUACUAACAGAACCCCAAAGAGUGGACCAGGAUGGUGAUCCACAACAUCGCCGGCUGUGGUAAAUUUUCCAGCGAUCGCACCAUUUCCCAGUACGCCAGGGAGAUCUGGGGCAUGGAGCCCAGUCUGGAGAAGAUUGGUGCUCCUGAUGAUCCUCGCUAAACCAUGUCUGCCUCCUCCUCCUCUCUCUCCCCCUCCUCCUCUUCCUCAUUGUGGUCCAAACACUGAAGAAGACCCCUGUAGCUUUGACCCUGUGUACUGUGGUUCCUUUAUUCUCAUGGUUAUGAACCCUCUGCUGUUUCAAUCGUAGCUUCACCUGCUCAGCAGAAUCUGGAUUCAUUCUCUUUAUGCAGCUUCUCACUGUUCACUGGAAACGUUCUUGGUCCAUGUCAGUCUCAGCAGCUCAGAAACAGCCUGGACUCACCUCUGAACCCGGUUUCUUCAGCUGGAGUCAAAAAACAAGAUUUACCUCCUAAGUUUGUUGUAGUGUCUCUGUUUUAAUACAUUUACUCAUUUCUGAUGCUUGACUUGACUCUUUCCUGAGCUUAACCAGAUCAGGGUCUCGGCUAGAACCAGACAUGGACCUCCAUCCAACAGUUUUCAGUCAACAGUGAUUUGAAACCUUGAUCUGACCCUUCACUAAGCCCCGCCCCCUUAAGUGCCUGUCAAAGCACCGAGAAGUAAAAAGUUUCAGAUAUGCCUCCAAACUUCCGCCUGGACUGAUGAUUUAUUAACCCUGAUGGUAGUUACCAGGCUAAUAAUGCUAACGUUAGCUACUUGAGUGAAAGAGGCUAUCAUGCCAGGGGCUUUGAAGGACUUCUGCUAAAAAGAGCCUACAUGUUCGAUGGCUAAAGAGAGGCUAACGCUAACAAAGCUACAUCCAUUUACUGCAGCUCGACAAUGAGUGCACAUGCAUGAUAUACAGACAUUUGUGUGCUUUUAUGCUGUUAACCCAUGACUGCAUGAAUUAAAUGUUAGCUGGACUGAAGCAGGAUAGAGAUGCUAAACGUUAGCCACGUUAGCAUCUCAAAAGGGGCUAUCAGUCAGCGAUGAUUGGCUCCUUUUGAAGAUAAGAUUGUAACUGCACUGAUGAAUGUAGAUCACCUGUUUGUUUUAAACUGGCUGGAUUUGGAAGAAGUGUCUGUUAACUGUAACUAACAUGCUAGUUAGCUUAGCCAUGUAGAAAUGUAAAGUUUGCCUGCUAAGUUUGGGUUGCUGAAGCUAAGAGUGGAUAUCAGCUGUUGGUGGAGGGUUUAGUGAAGGGUCCUUCUAACCACAUUCAUGAUUUUAACUUGAGAGCCCUUUACUCUGACUGGGUGGGAAACCUAAAUGCUGUCACCAAGAACUUGAUGACUGUGUUUGAUAUUUUCAAAGUUUUAACUGAAGAAGGAAAUCUGAUCAUCUAUUCCUGCCUCUGCAACAAUCGGCACUUUGAAACAGUUUCAUUCAGGAGUAUAAGUAUACGCACUAAUGAAUAGCAUUUGGCCUCCCUGUUUCCACUAGAUAACUCAUUUAUGUAUAAUUUUGGACUUAAAAAACACAGGAUUGCAACACAAACUCUGAGCUUGAUUCUCAUGUCUGACUAACGUCUGGAUAAAGAUACUGACAGAAGAGAAUGUGCAACAUCUAAAUUCAAUGAAAGCUUCUGCCAAACUGUUCAAACGACCCAAAAAGUCAAUUUGAACACAAGUCCCACCUCUAAAAAGGUUAAAAAAAAAAAAUUAAAAAGCCAAUCGUGGCUGAAGAUGUUGGAGUGACCAAUCAGAUUCCCCAGCCCUGGACCCCUCUGGACACAUCCCUGCCACUAUCCACCCUCUUCUCUGCUGCUCUGCGCAGUUUGCUCUUGUGUUGUGUCUGAUUGUGGAGAUGCUGUUAGCAUCACCACUCUCUACUGUGAAGAACUGUGCUGUGCACUUCCAUCCUGAUUUUGCAUUCUCAUCCAGAUUUGUCCACAUACAGAAGAUGAGCUGAACGAGUCGAGGACAAUAUUAUACAUUCAUUUUAAGGUGAUCUAUCACUAAAUUCCGGCAUCUUAUUGAACUUCCCUCCAUGAGCACACUAGUAACAUCAACCUGGACUCUAUACAGGUGAGGAUGUGUACCUCGGACUGAUCAGUCCUAUGGUUACAGUUGUUAUAGACAUAUGAUUAUUAGAAAGUUUAUGCAUGCCACUUUCCAAUGAAUUUGAAGGUGACCUGUAAGCAGAAAGGUCAUCACUCUUUGUCAAUAGGACCAUGUUUUUCAAUUUUGUUUUCUCUAGUCGGAGUAAAUGAUCUCAAGCAUGCAAGAUAAUGUCUUCUGCACACAGAAAGAUUGUAAUGCACACUCAUUAUUAGAUCCACACUGUUAGUUCUCAGGAGAGUCGACAUGAAUCCAGCAGGAGAGAGAACAUUUUCCAGACAGACCUUGCGAAGUGCUGAUCCAGCAGGACCAGAUCAGAUAAAUUGUCAGAUUUUCUUCAUCAGUAAAACAUCCAAUCUGAAACUGUGUCAUCAAGGUAAUACCUUGGCCUUUAAGUAUCCCACCCUUUGCAUUCCUUUAAAUAAAAUGGCUGCCAUGUGAAAAACCAAGCGAAGGAAUCUGUAAACCCCAGCACUGCUCCGGUCUCAAACCAACACGUCUUCCAUGAAAAAGAGUGGGGACACUCAGUGAAAGUCCUCCUCGGCCUCAUAGCAGCACUACGUCUGAUGGUGUCUUCAUAUUCACCUCAGAUGAACCUCUCUAUUUCAGAAGCAGCCUCUCCAGCUGCUCUGACAGUGUUUUCUGAUCCACUGUGUUUUUUCUCAGCAUGUUUGUGUCUCUCUCUGCUGUUCCUUAAAGUGGCCUGUGUUAGAACAGAACAUCGCCUUCUCUGCCUAAAACCUGAAGUGACUCGACUUACCUUUGCGGGUGUGUGUAAUUCUGUGCUGUAUUUGUGUGUAUAACAUAGAAGAGUCCAUGACACUGUGGGCAUCACUUGGUUGCUGUACUGUAAGAACAAACUGUCCUGCUUCAGUUGCUGUAUCUGACCACAGAAAGUACUGUCCACUACACUGACCCUAACAUUACUCUGUCAGUCAGUGCUUUUCUUUUUUAGUCAAUAAAUGACCAAAAUAUUCAUCAACAAACCAGACGUG